UAGACGAAGUUUCAAAAACUAUAAAAUUUGACGAUUUAUUAAUAAAAUUUGGCAAUACGCUUUGCGAAAAAUAUAAAUUAGCGCAACACGAUGAAAUGAUACGUAAUAGACUUCGUCUUCUAGCUAGAUUAUUGGUAACGGUAAAAAAAGUUGAAAUGGCAAAAAUCAAAGAUCAAAAAGAGAAAAAACUUCGAGUUUCUAAACCUAGUAUCACAGAUAUGAUUUCUUUAUUUGAUCCAGAAAAGGUUCAAAUUUGUCUCAAAGCAGUCAACAUCAUCGCAGGAAUUGAUACUAAAACUUAUAAUGCAAGAGCUCAAUCUGUUGCUUCGUUAGUUGGAACUCUAUUAAAACAGCUAGGAGAUUUUUUGAUAGCUGAAAAUAUCAUGGAUAAGCAAAAAAAUAAAAAUGAUGACGUGAAAGACUUUUUACAUGUUAUAAACCGGAAAUGGGCAGAUGUUAUAAAUAAAAAUGUCGAAGAAGCACAAUCAAAACAAAAAAGAAAGAAGAAAGAAGAAUUACCGUCGACAGAUGACAUAAAUAAAUUAAUGGACCAUUUAGUUAAGUUACAAUCACAAGCUUAUGACGAAUUGGUAAAAAAAUUCUCUGCUGACAGCUACGAUCUCUUAGCUAAGACAACACUUAUACGAGUGCAAUUAUUUAAUAGGCGAAGACCGGGAGAAACGGAAAGGAUCUUACUGGAAGAUUUUGAAAUGUACGAUAGACUUAGCGAAGACACUCAUAAGGAUAUAAUGAAAACUUUGUCAGAUAAAGCUAGAGAAUUUUGCAAGAAAUAUGUAAGAUUUUCGAUCAGAGGCAAAAAAAAUCGGCAAGUUUCCGUUAUACUAGAUGAAGUGAUGUUUGAUUCAAUUAAUUUAUUGAUCAAGAAUCGUCUUAAUGCUGGUAUUCACCCACAAAAUCCUUUUGUUUUUGGACUACCAGGUUUUUCAUCAGAAAAACAUAAGUAUUUAAGAGCCUGCACAUUAAUGCGUAAAUUUUCUGAAGAUUGCAAAGCUGAGUUUCCCAAAAAAUUACGUGCAACUAAACUACGGAAGCAUAUUGCGACAUAUCUUGUCAAUCACAAUAUUAACAAUGUGGAGCGCUCAAAAAUUGCUAGUCAUCUUGGACAUAGUAUGGGAGUUCAUGAAAAUUAUUAUCAUUUGAUUAAUGUUGCCGAGGAAAUUUGCCAAUUGCCACAAGUACUGGAGGAUGCUUGUGGACUAAAUAAUAAUAACAUGACUAAUGAUAAAAAUAGUGCUGAAUCCUCUGAUAAUGAUUUAGAUUCUGAUUCUGAUUCAGAUUCUGAUUUGAGUGACGCAGACCGUGAGAAAAAAAAUUGUUCACUGACAUUAGAGUCAGAAAAACUCGACACUAAUGAAGAGUCAAAUCUAGAAAUAAGUAUUCCAUGCCGAAGAAUGGUUUGGAGCAAUUUGGAAAUAACUGCGUUGAAGGAGCAUUUUGGGGACAAAAUUAAGAGCCGGACCUAUCCCAAUUCUAAGGAAAUGAAUGCUGUUCGGAUGACUGAUCCACGACUCAAGAAACGUGAAGUUCCAGCUAUUCGAUCAUGGUUCAGCAACUUUUAUAAAAAAUUGAAAAAAAAUAGUCAAUAGUUAUUAUUUUCUCAAUAAUUGUUGCUGGUUGACAUCCAUCGAUAAAAUAAUUUUCUAUUGCUUGUUGCUUAAAGUUCUAUUAAAUUUAAAUUUACUUUUUGUACUUUGGUCAGAGAUUUAAAAAAUUAAUCAUAAAUAGG